CGUGCAGCCAGACACGGUCCAUAGUGACUCCCUUCUUGCGAUUGCGUAGUCGAACUGUACAGUAUUCGUUCUCUAGUACUUGAAAUCCAGCCUUUUCGAACAGCUCCGCGAGAACUUCGCGCGAGAAAAAGUAGGCCAAGGUGCCGUCGCUGCGGUAGUACAGACUUGGGCCCAACUUCUUUGCGUUGCGUCGCAUGGCGAGGUCGUACAGCCCGUAGUCUCGGAAGCAGACAAUCCCUCCAGGUCGUAACGCCGCGAAGAUCUUUUGCAGUGUUUGAGCGAAUGAUUCUGGUGGUAAGGCCGAGAGUACAAACACCAUCAACACAAUAUCGAUGGACUCUGGAGCGACUCUCGUCAGCUCCUCUUGCGCAAUAUCGCACACGAAGGCUCGGCAUCGCUUGGGGUCAUACUCGGGAUUGUGCUGAAGAAUAUCAAUGGCGUGUGCGCUAAAGUCACAUACCUGUGCGUGGAUAUUGGGACAUUCGGCCAGAAUGGGGAAGAUGGCACUACCGUAGCCACAUCCAAGCUCCAGAACUUCCACCACCUCACGUUCUGGUGCGUAAAGCUCGGGGAACUCCUUGACGAGAUAGUUGCGGGGUUUGUACACCUUGCCUGGAUAAGCGGAACAUCAACGACAACGUUGAGUCAGCUUCAACAACCUGGGGUUUGAAGCGCAAUGACAGCCAGCCAACCAUUAUUGCGCUGGUGGAAGACGUCCCACUUAUCCUUGGCCUCCUUGGCAAGCUGCUGCGUCUCGAGGGGCCCCUCUUUUACCUCGCCUUCGACCACUUCGUCACGUUCCUUCGCGUGCAUCUCGCAUUCUCGAGCAAGGUCUUCCCACUCGAAGUCACGCGAGUGCAGCUGCACUUCGCGCUUCGGCUUGAGUUUAUGGUCUGCCAUGAUAAUGGCAAAUGAAAAGUCAUGUUGAGAUGCUUGACAUGUCAUUAAACACAGCAACAUAAUAUUAAUUCAACAACGAAUGGCACAAGCAAAGGAGAAGCGGAAGAAGAACAGUGCAGGCCGCGUGAAGAAGGACCCGCUCGUCAUAAAGGGCAGUGAUAAAAAUGCUGUGCGCAAAGGUCACGUAGUCUGUGUCACCAGUGUUCCGUCCGCACUGUGCGCCAGCGAGCGCACUGUACGAGACUUUUUCGCCGAGUACGGGAUGCUGCUAUCCGUCACGAUCCACCAUAACUUUUUGGACAUGAAGCCAGAUGGGUUCAUGUACUUGGAAUACGCGGAGAAGGGGGAAGCAGAAGCUGCCAUCGCUGCAGUGAAGGAGAAGAGUGUGGGUCUAGCAGCUCAAACGGACGUCAGGUUCACGAGGGCAAUAGAUCCUGCGGAUAUUACGGGGAUGAAAGCGGUGUUGGCGCUGCCUCGAGGAGAACCGAAUUUCCAGGUGGAUGAAAGCAUGAAGGACAUUUUGUUGGGCAGACUGGAGAUCAACCGCUUCUCGCAGAGCCAACAGGAACAGACGAUGGACGAGGACGAUCUCAUUCUGCAGAGUCUGUCGCAACAUUCGUUUACCAGCUCCCAACCGAAGAAGAAAAAGAAGCGCCAGAAACACCCGGAAGACGCCACGUCAAGUAAACUGAAAAAGGCCAAGAAGAAGAAACCGAGGUUCGAUAAGGUGGCUCUACCCACCGAGUAGAUCCAGAUCGUGGAUAUUAUUAACAAUAGGUUAGAUUAUUGCAACGAGGACGAUGAACGCUUCUCCUUCAUGCGCCGUAAAAGCAGCUGCAUCCGCUCGCUGGACGAGCAUGUACACGUGGUGUGGCCACAAGUCGGACACUGUUGUAACUUAGCCUUCUUAUUAGGAAGUUCACUGCUCACGAGGGCUUCACGGCGUGGAGUAGUUGACAACAAGGCUACUGGUUUCGCAUUGUCUUCUCUAGACGCCCCACCUGCAAGUGCAACUCGAGGGUCUUUGUCG